CCAUAUAUUUAGAUUAUUUGUCGCGCCCAGAGAUGCAUUCCAGUUAUCAAAGCCGUCGCCUGUUUGUCAAGUCUCGGCUGAUGCAGCUGCUCUUCCUCUUCUCCUAUUCACUGUUAUUUGCCACCGCACGCCCAGCAACGCCCCAUACAAUCUACUAUAACUAUCAGCCACCAGAUGCGAAGGGAAACUACCAAUUCGAAUACCAAACCUCCAAUGGCAUCACCACUAAGGGGGCCGGGAAUGAGCAUGGAUCAGUGGGCGUGGUCCAGUAUAUAUCCAAGGAAGGAUUGCCCAUAACCUUUACCUAUGUGGCUGAUGAAAAUGGCUAUCACCCGAGUGGAGAUCAUGCCAUAAAGCAUUUGGAUCGACAGCUGGAGUAUCUACGCUCGCAUCCAUCGGUAGAUGAGCAGAAAUCGAGACGUUGGUAGUGAUCCUGACUAUAUAUGUAUAUAUUAUAUACACAUACAUUUUUGUAUAUCUAGAUAAAUCGAGCGACUGUCAUACAAAUACAUUAUUAUUAUUAUUAAUAUUAUGGAAUUAUAUGUAGCAAAGACGUAAUUGAG